ACCAGUUGUUGCGCACUCACGCGACUGUUUUGGCAGGAUGGCUUCCCCUGAAAGUGACAGCAGUCAGAGACCGCUGCAGAACGCCAUGAGACUUGUAAAAGUGGCCAUUCAGCUGGAUACCGGCAACAGACACAAGGAGGCCUACUGUGAAUACUUGAGAAGUAUCAGCUACAUCUCUCAUGCUUUGCUUGAAGAUGCCACAUCUAAACAGAUGGAGACGGUGGAAUUGGAGAAAAUGGUGAAACUAGUUGAGCAAUGUUUAGAGAGGAUUAAAUCUUGCAUCAUAAGAAAGCAAGAGUCCCCAACAUCUGUCAUCUCCUCCACUCCUCUGUCCGCUUCCCAGCAGACCACCAUUCCAGCUAUUAAUGUGACAGCUCGUCCCAAAAUAACAGAAAAACCUAAUGUAGCUGCAUUGGUUUCUGAGAAUAAAAGUAGAGAGCAGCCCACCAGACAUCGCAGAGUCCUCUCUGAGGGAGGGGAGACCAACUCCCCCUUCCUGCCCCCUGAAGUCUUCCAGAAGCUUCAGUCAGUGGAAUCACAAGACAACCGAAAGGAAUUAACGCCUAUUGAAGAAGCAUCACGUCUCAACCAGAAACUUAAGGCUAAUUAUGAGGCUCGGCUGGCAAGACUUACACCUGGUCAAGCCACACAAAAAACCUCACUGACCCUCUCACUCCAGAGGCAGAUGAUGGAGAAUCUGAUAAUAGCCAGAGCCAGGCAAGAUGCACUUCAAAGAAAAAUGGAAGAAAGGAGACUCAGGCUGCAGGAAGAAGCCAACAGGAGGUUUGUGACCUGUGGGACCAUGACAGCUGAGGAACAAGAGCAGCGGGUUCUGUAUGCAAGUGUACUUGAAUAUGAGCAAGAUCAUGAAUGGCCAAAAAUUUGGAAAAUUAAUCUGAAAAAGAAUCCAAAUGAUCCAACGUUGGUUUCCGGUCUUAUCUCAUGUCUUCUCAGCUACCCAGACCACCCAGUCAUGAAGUUGCUGAAGAGACUUCAGUAUCGGGUGUAUAACAGACUCUAUCCUAUAGUGAGCCAGUGUGUUCCUCUGAGCACAGCACCAUGUCACUCACUACUACCCUUAAAGCCUUCCUGCAGUGCCCAAAGCUUGUUCCUGUCAGACAGUCCUAUCUCUCCACAGCAGCAGCAGAGCCCGCUCAAAUCUUCUAUGACACACAGCUUAUCUGACGCCUCCAUCUCUUUUUCCCCAUCCCACGACCUCAAUGCCAACAACACAAUGUCUGAGAUAGACCCGGACGAGUCCUCAUCUCUGGUCUCUACAGAUAGGGAGAACUCUUUUGAGGAUCUAGAGAAGUUUCUUACUCAGCUGGACUGGGUUCCUUCUCAAUGCGGUGAUGAUACAGACUCUGAUGUGACCUUUGACACAACACACAUAGACCUAGAGUCUCAUGUUCAUCAUCUUGAGGAUCGUGUUUUGAAGGGACAGUUGAAGGCCAUUAUCAAAGACAUCCACAUUGCUAUUGAUCGCCUGCUGUCUCUGUGUCUUCUGUCCUUUGAAUGUCUCAACACUGCAAUUUCUAAGGACCAAUGCGUGGCAAGUAUAGAGGAAGUCUUCUUCACCCCUAUUUGGUGCCCUCUGUCUGCACUUUUUAGGAAGGUAUAUCGAGAACGGGAGCUGGCUGUUGAGAGCCGCAUGCGUCUUCAUCAUAAUGUUUCACCUGGUGAUGUUGGUGUACCAUCCAAACUGUUCCCCAGAGACCCAGCUUUGCUGCACGGUUCCUACCCAUACGAGUCAGCAGUGCAGGAGCUGAAGCUUCUGUGUAGAGACUAUUGUCCUCAAAAGAAACUGGAGUGUAUAGUGAGAACUCUGCGAAUCAUCUGUGGCUGUGCUGAAGAGUACCGCCUACUGCAAGAAAACGAUCCUUUACCCAAAUCAGCAGCAAUAGGUGCUGAUGACCUGUUGCCCAUCUUGGCGUUCGUGGCUUUACGCAGUGCAAUGCCUCAGUUGGUGUCUGAAUGUGCUGCGUUGGAAGAAUUCAUUCAUGAGGGGUAUCUGAUCGGAGAGGAAGGGUACUGCCUGACGUCACUGCAGAGCACACUGACCUACAUUGAGUCAUUGCCCUUGGGUGGUGCUCCGCCCCUGACUGAAAAACCCACCUGACGUAGAUUAAAUGAAACCAAUAGAAAAGGAGGGACUGGGCUAUUCCCCUGGAUCACAGCCAGAUGUGCUGCUAUCACCUUGAUGGAUGGAUUACAUCGACCUUGCUGAACUUUGAACUUCACUUCUUAAAGUGAAUUUUUGCUGUUUGUUUCUGACCACAGGGUGAAGUCUCUAUUUAAGGUAGUGUUACUGAAAUAAUGAUAGUCUACGGUGGCUUAAGUUCUAAUUAGAUUACCCAAUGGGGACCGUUAAGCGUGCCAAAACGUCAAACAAACUUCCAGCCUUAGCUAGAAUCAUAGACAAAACUUUCUUAGCUUUUGCUUCUGUACCAGUCUCUGCUCUUAAAGUAGCUGGCUGGCUCGCUUGCAUAGUUUGUGUUCAUCUUGUUUAAUUGGAGCUGUUUGUGCUUUGGUUCUAGGGGCCUUAGCCUACGGAACGAUCUCAUGGUGUUUUGACCGUCCUCAGGAGUUGGUAUAUCUCCUCUGCUCGGUACUGUUUAGUCCCAAAUCAGGCCAGACAUCAGUUAUGUUCAAAUCUUCUACACCUACUGCUAUGAAGGGACUGGAGAAGGUUAUUCAUGUGGGCGCCACAGGGCAGGUUCAUCUGAAAGUGGUUUAAAAAAAAAAAAAAAAAAAAAAAUAUAUAUAUAUAUAUAUAUAUAUAUAUAUAUAUAUAUAUAUAAUAUAUAUAUAUGAGACUGAAUGGGAUGAAAUUAGCAAGAUGUUAGGAAAGGACUUAAAAGUUUAGUUAAUUUUUUUUUUAAUGUGUAUAUAUUCUAAUCCCAUUGAUUUUUAUUUUUUUUCUCCUCUUGUCCAAAUGAACUUCCCAGAGAAUUUUACUAUGGAAAUGAAAGACUAAAGCACUACUAGCACUUGUCAUCCUGUAACACCCUAUUUAUUAAACCAUAUAAAAAGUGACACUAA